AUGUAUUGUGUAAAUAUUGACAGAUUCAAAGAAGACUCUUUUCACAUACAAGAGUACUUAGAAGAAGUAUACGACCAGUGUACAAAGCAAGAAAAUGUCUCUUGUGAUUUUAUCAUAGCAGAGCUUCAUAAAAUAAAGGAGGCUUUAGUCUAUAAAGAAGAAGAGAUAAAAGAUAAAAAAAUAUACUUCUCAGGGAAAGAAAGAAUAGAAGAACUAGGCGGGGUUCUCUCUUCUGUUGUUCUUUCGUCUGAAAGCCUUGAGUUCAUGCGAAUUAUGGAUGACUAUGAGAAAAUUAAAAAAAAGGGGAGGUACAUGGAAUACUGCAUUCUAGCAGAAGAAGAUGCACUUUUAGACCGGAUUGGCGAGAGCCAGUCCUUAUUAGAAAUAUCUGAAUUUUUGCAAGUACUGCUGGAUGCGGCUUCUGUUGCUCCUCCUUCUAAAAAAAGCAAUACCAGUGUGCUGGGCAGUAUUUCCAAUGUAUUUGAGUCUGUUAUUGGUAAUAAGCCAGAAGAAGAAUCGCCAAACCAAAGAAAGCCAGAUAGUAAGGAGCUGGUGGAUGAGUUUAAUCUUUCCGAGAAAGAGGGCGUGCUUGUUUCUGGCGUGCUGUUAAACCGGCUAAACCAAUAUAAGAAAAGAAUUGUUUCUCUGGCUAAAACCAGCUAUGUCGAUGCGAUUGAGAAGAAUAAUAUAGAUGAUGCAAAAAAAACUGCUGUUCUUUGUUAUACACUUGGACUAAAUACAUACGCAAUUGAUCAUCUUAUAAAGAGCCAGAAACCACUGCCAUAUUCUUCUAUUAUUGUGCCAGAUAUUGACUUGGUAAAAGAGAGCACACUUUCUGAUCUGGUUGAUUAUUUAAAUAAUGUGAAUGACCGAGUAGAAACAACAGUUUAUCUUAUAAAAGACCUACUGAUUAAUAAUCAUUAUAUGAUGAACAAAGAAGAGAACUCUUGUAUUCUGAGCCCUUUAGAGAUGUUUGGACUGAUAAAGAAUCUCUUAAACACCUCCUUCUCUUCUGUUAUAUCUGCUAUAAAUACGAUUGAUGAUCCGGUGGAGUACUUAAUAACAGCAGAAACAAUUAUCUCUCAUAUUUCCUUGCUUAAAGAUAGAAUCUGCUAUAUCAUACCUGGAGUAAAACCACGUUUAAUGAAGCACAGCAUAGUUCAUAUGGUAGAAGAUGAUUUACUUGAGAAGGAGACAGAGUCCAUGCGAAUUAUAUUUAAUGGACUAGUAAAAGCUGUUACCUCUAAUAAAAGUACAUUAAAGUACAAAAUAAAUGGAGAAAAGCUCACUGAGUUAAAAACCCCACUAGAAGCUGUGUUUAGGUACAUGGCAUUCUGUCACAAAGUAUCCAACAGAAGUGUAAAAUUUGGGUAUAGCCACAAGAUAUUAGAGCUUCUGUUCAAUUUCCAGCUACGCGGAUUUACUGCAAUACUAGAUGCUAUUUUUAGUAAGAAAUACAUACCAUAUCUAGGCACUAAAUUACACCUAGACACUUACCUGUGCAUCAAAAAAUACUACAAAAAAGUGUGCAAUCCAGUAAAUGAAGAAUGUGUUUCCAGUGUGGUUAAUAAGCUUAAUCAAAUAGAAAUAACCAGAAACAAGAAUAUUUCUAGCGCAGAAAUGCACUAUUUAAUAUCUAAACUGGAAGCCCCUUUAAAUGCAUACGAUGCACAAGGGACAGUCUCUCUACUCUCUGAAUCCUUCAACUACCUGCCAAGCACUCCUGUAUAUAAAGUCAUAAUAAUUGAGACAGUUGAGAUAUUCUACAUAAAAAUAAAAGAAAGAGUCUACACAAGGACAUCAAUAAAAGAAGUGAAAAAAUCAUUGGAUUACAUAAACAUUCUUUAUAAAUACAGUAAAACACUAAAAACACAAAUUGACAGGAAAUUAAAGCGAUUAAAAGAUUUAUUAGAAGGUGCUCUAGUUGAUGAGUCUGAUCUGUACAGAAUAUUUGACUUAGUAAAAGCAACGAAUGAAGAACAAAAAGUAAUUAAAAGAAUCAGAGAAAGAAUAAGAAGUAAUUCACAAGAAGAAUAAAAGUAUUUCUAUCGCAAUAAAUAGGCAUAACCCA